CCUUGAAUCACAAGCCCAUGCCACCAUUGCCAUCUUCAACUCUCCCAAUCUGCUCGCGAUGUAUGCGACCCAGAUUUGCAGAGCGUGUUGUUCAGAACGUUCGACAAGUCCGCCAGUUUUCGACGCCACCUCAGGAUGCCCAGACGGGACAUGAAGAGAAAGAGAAGGAACAAGGUGCCAUGUCUCGUAGACUGGCUGCAUUGAGCGAAGAAGGUCUUGAAGCCGGUGGACGAAGUGCUCGCAAAGCCGUAGAGGAAGCAGGCUUUGACGAAGGCUUGAAGCAGGAGCUACUGGAGCGCAUCGCUACUGCCUCGUUCCGCAACGAAAACGCUAGUGCUUUCGCACAGGCCGAAAUGCCUGACAGUGCAAGUCGCCACAGCAGAGAUAUAGCUGGUGCCACACCAUGGUCUGGUACCGAGAGUGUGCAUGAUGCAUCGCUACGCAUGCUCAAUGAUGCCUACAAGCCUUUGAAGCCUGUUCGCGGUCCUUCCCGUGGCCCUUCACGCGGACCACCAAGCAAGAUCGAUACUGGACGUCCAAGGAAUGCACCAUCAUCAGGCGUCAGGCUCGCGAACGCGCGAGACAAGACGUCUGUUUAUGCCCAUAUGAAGGAGCUACCCGACGAUGAGAGAGAAAAGUUUAGAAAGGAGCUGAAGGAACGUUUCACGCCCGGCGCUCGUUCUGCACCUGUAACUCUGAAGGGUCUGGAGUCGCUUGCCAACGAGCGUAUAGAAGAUGCAAUUGCUCGGGGCAAGUUCAAAAAUUUACCUCGAGGAAAGGCCAUCGAGAGAGACUACAAUGCCAGUAGUCCUUUUAUCAAUACUACCGAAUACAUGCUCAAUCGAAUGAUUCAGCGACAGGAUAUUGUGCCUCCCUGGAUCGAGAAGCAACAGGACAUUAUCAGCACUUCAAAUCGCUUCAAGGCCCGUCUCCGUGCUGAUUGGCGAAGGCACGUUGCAAGGUCGAUCGCUAGUAGAGGAGGCUCUCUCGAAAGUCAAGUAGCAUUGGCUGAAGAGUAUGCGCGUGCAGAAGCGAUUAACAAUCCUCAAGCAAAGAAAAAGGCAGAGAUCAUGAACACUGUCGAUAACGCUGGUCACCUUACACAAGUAACACUUGAAGGCGGAAUCAACCCCUCGAGUACUACAGUCACCGGAGAAUCGCAACAGAUCACAAUCACAGAAACACCCGUCGAUGAGACAGCAAACCCAACGCUGGAAGGAGGAGAGGUGCAUAUGUCCAUCGACGCACCUUCAGAAGCCGUGGCAGAAGCUUCAAUGACUCCUCCACCGCGAGUUGCGCCUUUCAGAGAUGCCGACUGGUUGCGCACCGAGAAAGCCUAUCACCAGGCUGCUAUCGAGAACCUGAAUCAAUUGACACGAUCCUACAACCUCAUGUGUCCGGCUCUGGCUCAGCGACCAUACUUCUUUCUGGACCGGGAGCUGAAUGCAUGCUAUGCAGAAAUCGCCCCUCAAGUCGCCGACGCCAUCAGAGAACGUGCAGUGGCACCAAAGCCAAGGUUCGAGGCUACUUCAAAUAAACCUGUCAGGAUCCUGGGUAAUCUAGCUGGCCCGGCCAGUAAAGUUUAUGAUGAGCAACGUCCACAAUUCGGCUUCCGAGACCUCUGGAGGGAGUGGUUCAGUAAAAAAUAGAGCCCUGGAAGCGAACGAACAAACUAGAGAAAGUUCAAACAAGUGUAUUAGUUUCUUGCUGUCUGAUGUGCGUCCUUCACCGGAUCCCAGUAGCCGUUGCUUGUAUGACCACUCGAAACCGCCUCGUCUGUCGAUGUAGACUUCGAGCGUACUUGGCUGGACUUGCCAGGCUUGUUUCUGCUGUCACGGAAACGGAACACAUGCCCUAUACGGUGAGAGUCAGUACACUACAAUCAUCAUGCUCGAAGACUUACACAGCAUCCAUCGUAUGAUCCAGUUUUCCUCGUUGAAGCUCUCGGUGUCAUGGCCUUUCUCAUACAUGGUCUUGGUCUCAGGAGAUGCUUCUCGGUAUAUCUUCAAGAUCUCAGCAUGAAUCGCAGAUUCACAUAUUUGAAUGUUCGAGUAUGG